AUGCCUCCACGGACCCGCAAGGACUUCGAAAUUGCGAUUAUCUGUGCCCUGCCUGUGGAAGCCGAUGCGGUGGAAGCAUUAUUAGAUGAACAUUAUGAUAGUCACACAUAUGGUAAGCAGGAAGGGGACGACAACACGUAUGCCACAGGAAGGAUCGCCGGCCACCAUAUCGUGCUAGCCUUUAUGCCAGGGAUGGGAAAUCGGAGUUCUGCCAGCGUCGCUCGAGGCCUGCGAAUCAGUUUUGCACAGAUCAAGCUCGCUCUGGUGGUCGGGAUCUGUGGCGGAGCACCAUAUUCAACAGACAAUACGGAGAUCAUCUUAGGUGAUGUGAUCAUUAGCGAUAGUGUUGUUGAAUAUGAUUUUGGCCGACAAUAUCCUGACGGCUUUGUGCGGAAAAGUGGUGUUAAAGAGACAUUUGGGCAGCCUAAUCAAGAGAUUCGAUCUUUCCUCAACAGUUUACGAACCUCCAGAAAACGAACUCUGAUUCAACAACAAAUCAUGGAGCAUCUGCAAGACCUUCAAGGACACAAUGAGAGAGACUGGACUUAUCCUGGUGUCUCACAAGAUAUCCUGUUUCCUGCCUCUUAUCGCCAUAGACAUUAUGAGCAAGAUCCAGCUGUAGAAUGCGUCUGCAUUGACUGCCAUUCUAACCAAGACCCGGUGUGCGAGCUAGCGUUAAAGAGUGACUGCCAACGACUAGGUUGUGCAGGACAGUCGAUUCAGCGACGCAGGCUUGACAAAGAUAAACCAGGGGCCUUUAUUCACAUUGGCACAGUAGCUUCGGCAAACACAGUGAUGAGAUCAGGUGAGCAUCGCGACAGACUAGCCGAAAACGAGGGCAUCAUUGGAUUUGAGAUGGAAGGUGCUGGAGUAUGGGAUAAUCUACCCUGCAUCAUUAUCAAAGGCGUGUGCGACUAUACAGACAGUCAUAAAAACAAGGCAUGGCAGAACUAUGCGUCGGCAACUGCAGCGUGUUGUACUAAAGCUUUCUUGGAAAAUUGGACAACCGGUCUUCAGCAACAGCGACCAGAAAUAUCAAGUCAUUCUCAGCCAUCUUCAACGGUCCCCUUUGAGAGAGAUGAAAUGUUUGUUGGUCGAGAGGACAUUAUCAUGAGUAUCAAGAAGGCUAUUCAGGGAAGAACUGGGCGGACUUCUAAGCGUGCCGCACUUGUUGGUCUAGGAGGGAUAGGAAAAUCUCAGAUAGCGAUCGAGUAUACAUACCGUGUUCGAGAAUCUGCGCCUAACACAUGGAUAUUUUGGGUCCACGCUAGUAAUACGACGAGAUUUGAGCAAGGGUACCGAGAUAUUGCAACAAUAGCAAAGGUUCCUGGAUGCGACGAUCCAAAAUCUGACAUCCUCCAGCUAGUCCAUAAAUGGCUAUUUGAUGAGAAGAACGGCAGCUGGCUGAUGGUUCUGGAUAACGCGGACGAUAUUGAUACCUUUUUCAACUCUGGUAAAAACGUGCCGUUAGUGGAUUACUUACCUCGUGUUUCCCACGGAUCAAUUUUGAUUACAUCACGAAAUCAGACCGCGGCACGAAAUAUAGUGGGGCCUUACGGUCAGAUGAUACCAGUCGAGCCAAUGAACACGCAUGAUGCUAUUGCCUUGUUGCGAACUCGCGUUAAUAGCAUCCGGCAUCCGGUCAUCACUACGUGGCAGAUCUCAUUUGAUCAGAUCCGACGUAUCUCUCCGAAAGCGACAGAUCUACUGGCAUUGAUGAGUAUGUUUGAUCGACAAGGGAUUCCGGAAGAGCUGAUUAGUGAAGGGAUGGAUCAAUUAGGAUUCGAGGAUGCAAUGGCUCCACUAAUGAGCUUUUCUCUUGUGCAGGUCGAGGUUGGAGGACGGUUGUUCGAGUUACACCGACUUGUACAAUUAUCCAUCCGACAGUGGUUAAAGAAACAAGGCCUGGCCCAUCAAUUAGCCAAGCGAAGCCUGCGAGUAAUGGAAACUAUAUUUCCAAGUGGAGAUUAUGAAACAACAGCAUCUUGUCACAUGCUCCUUCCACAUUUGAAAGAGGCGAUCCGUUUUACUGAGGAGUUAUAUUGGGAGUUAGAUGAGGAGGAUCACUUGAAUGUGUCGAGCGUUGCCAAUCGAUGUGGUUGGUAUCUCCAUCUUAUGGGGAAAUAUGUCGAGGCUGAAACUAUGCAUCGACGAGCACUCGCUGGCAGAGAGAAAUUCCUAGGCGCUGAACAUCUUGAUACAUUGAUUAGUGUUGAUAAUUUGGGCUCAGUACUUAAAAGCCAAGGGAAAUAUGAAGACGCGGAGGCCAUGCAUCGACGAGCACUUGCUGGCAAAGAAAAAGUGUCAGGCGCUGAACAUCCUGACACACUGAUCAGUGUCAAUAAUUUAGGUUUAGUGCUUGAAAGUCAGGGGAAAUAUGAGGCGGCAGAGGCCAUGCAUCGACGAGCACUCGCUGGCAAAGAAAAAGUGUUAGGUGCUGAACAUCCUGAGACACUGACCAGUGUCGAUAAUCUAGGCUUUGUGCUUAAAAGUCAGGGGAAAUAUGAGGCGGCGGAGGCCAUGCAUCGACGAGCACUCACUGGCAAAGAGAAAGUGUUAGGUGCUGAACAUCCUGAGACACUGACCAGUGUCGAUAAUCUAGGCUUUGUGCUUAAAAGUCAGGGAAAACAUGAGGAGGCAGAGGCCAUGCAUCGACGAGCACUUGCUGGUAGUGAGAAAAUGCUAGGCGCUGAACAUCCUGACACACUGAUCAGUGUCAAUAAUUUAGGCUUAGUGCUUGAAAGUCAGGGGAAAUAUGAGGCGGCAGAGGCCAUGCAUCGACGAGCACUCGCUGGCAAAGAAAAAGUGUUAGGUGCUGAACAUCCUGAGACAUUGACCAGUGUCGAUAAUCUAGGCUUUGUACUUCAAAGUCAGAGAAAAUAUGAGGCGGCGGAGGCCAUGCAUCAACGAGCACUCACUGGCAAAGAGAAAGUGUUAGGUGCUGAACAUCCUGAGACACUGACCAGUGUCGAUAAUCUAGGCUUUGUGCUUAAAAGUCAGAGAAAAUAUAAGGAGGCAGAGGCCAUGCAUCGACGAGCACUUGCUGGUAGUGAGAAAAUUCUGGGCGCUGAACAUCCUGACACAUUGAUCAGUGUCAAUAAUCUAAGCCUUGUGCUUGAAAGUCAGGGGAAAUAUGAGGCGGCAGAGGCCAUGCAUCGACGAGCACUCGCUGGCAAAGAAAAAGUGUUAGGCGCUGAACAUCCUGAGACACUGACCAGUGUCGAUAAUCUAGGCUUUGUACUUCAAAGUCGGGGAAAAUAUGAGGAGGCAGAGGCCAUGCAUCGACGAGCACUUGCUGGUAGUGAGAAAAUGCUAGGCGCUGAACAUCCUGACACACUGAUCAGUGUCAAUAAUUUAGGCUUAGUGCUUGAAAACCAGGGAAAAUAUGAGGAGGCAGAGGCCAUGCAUCGACGAGUACUCGCUGGCAAAGAGAAGUCCCGUGAUGAGUUCACGAUCGCGAUAAUCUGCGCCCUGCCUCUAGAGGCGCAGGCUAUGAUGGCAUUAUUCGAUGAACGCUACGAUGAGCUGGGUCCCAUACAUGGCAAGCACGUGGGCGACGCCAACAUUUAUACAACUGGAAGAAUCAAAAAUCAUGAUGUCGUGUUGGCUUACAUGCCGGGUAUGGGAAAUCGAACGUCCGCUGGCGUCGCUAGUGUCUUGCCCGUCAGUUUCACGGGAAUCAAGCUAGCUUUACUUGUCGGCAUCUGCGGUGGAGUACCGUAUACAUCUGAUCGUACGGAGAUCGUCCUGGGCGACAUUAUUAUCGGCGAUAGGGUGAUUGAGUACGAUUUUGGCAGACAGUACCCGGAUGGGUUCGAACGGAAAAAAGGUAUCAUGGAAGCGCCCGCAUCACCUAAUCGAGAAAUUCGGUCCUUCCUGAACUUUUUGCGAACUCUACAAAUGAGAGAUCUAGUACAAAGGCAAACCACGGAAUACCUGAAAAUGCUUCAAGAAAUGAAAGGAAAUCAGUGGAUGUAUCCAGGUAUUUUACAGGACCGGUUAUUCGACGCCUCUUAUCGCCACAAGCACUAUAAUCAAAAAUCUAUAGCAGAAUGCAUCUGUGCUGAUUGCCACUCGAGCUUCGAUCCAGUCUGCCAGCAGGCAUUGAAGAGUGACUGUGGGACGGUUGGAUGUGCAGGAGAUUUGGUUCCGCGACGCCGACUACAUUCCGACAACCCGGCACCGAUCAUUCAUAUUGGCAAGAUUGCGUCAGCGAGCUCUGUGAUGAAGUCUGGUGAGCAUCGUGAUCAACUGGCUGAAAAGGAGGGGGUGAUUGGAUUUGAGAUGGAGGGUGCUGGAGUAUCGGACAGCCUGCCUUGUGUGAUCAUCAAAGGUGUUUGCGAUUACGCAGACAGUCAUAAAAAUAAGGCAUGGCAGAACUAUGCUGCAGCAACAGCAGCAUCUUGUGCGAAAUGUAUCUUGGCGUACUGGCAGGAUGGUUCUCAGCAGCAGCCACGUAAAACCUUAAGUCGUCCUAAGCCAUCUUCAACGGUUCCCUUUGAGAGAGACGAGAUGUUUGUUGGUCGAGAAGACAUCAUCGUGAGUAUUAGGAACGCUCUUCAAGGAAGAACGGUGCAUACUUCAAAGCGUGCCGCACUCGUUGGCUUGGGGGGCGUAGGCAAAUCUCAGAUCGCAAUCGAGUAUACAUACCGUAUUCGAGAAUCUGCGCCGAAUACUUGGAUAUUUUGGGUUCACGGGAGUAAUACAUCGAGAUUUGAGCAAGGGUAUCAAGAUAUUGCAGCAGUCGCAAAGAUUCCUAGGCGCGAUGAUCCAAAAUACGAUGUCCUCGGGCUGGUUAAGAAUUGGCUAUGUGACGAGACGAAUGGCAACUGGUUGAUCAUUCUAGACAAUGCAGACGAUAUGGAUAUCUUUUUUAACACAUUUGGCGACAAUACGCCUUUAGUUGAUUACCUGCCUCAUGUUUCCCAUGGAUCCAUUUUGGUUACCUCCCGAAAUCAGACAGCGGCACGGAACAUCGUGGGACAUCGCGGUCAAGUGAUACCAGUGAAGCCAAUGGGCACUAAUGAUGCCAUUACCCUAUUGAAAACCCGCAUUACGGUGGAUCAAUCGUAUGAAACUGAAGCGAAACUCCUCGUUGAGGCACUUGAAUGCAUUCCCCUGGCAAUUGCACAAGCUGGUGCAUACAUUUUGAAUCGCUCACCCCGAACGAGUUUGUCGACCUACCUGCAACUUUUUCAACAAAGCUUAGUGCUCUCAAGACAAGGGAAGUAUAAAGAAGCUGCAAUUAUGCACCAACAAGCUCUUAUUGGUAGAGAAAAUGUGCUGGGCGCUGAUCACCCUAACACCUUAACCUGUGUUGGUAUUCUUGGCUGGGUCUUUUCGAGACAGGGGAAGUACAAGGAGGCUGAAAUCAUGCAAUGGCGAGCAUUAAGUGGCAGAGAAAGGGUGUUAGGGACUGAACAUCCUGACACACUAAUUAGUGCUAGUAUUCUGGGCUCAGUAAUGUCGAGACAAGGAAAAUAUGAGGAGGCUGCAAUUAUGCAUCGCAAAACUUUGGCUAGCAGGGAGAAAGCGCUAGGCACUGAGCAUCCAGAUACACUAUCGAGCAUCAAUAACUUAGGCUCGGUACUCAGAUGCCUGGGAAAGUACGAGGAGGCUGCAAUGUUGCACCAACAGGUCCUUGUGGGAAGACAGAAAGUGCUAGGCACUGAACAUCCUCACACACUUGCCAGCGUUAAUAAUCUAGGCUUAGUGCUUGAAAAACAGGGACAUUAUGAGAAGGCUAUAAUGAUGCAUCACCAGGCUCUUGCUGGAAGACAGAAAGUGCUAGGUACUGAACAUCCUAACACACUUGCCAGUAUGAAUAAUCUAGGCUUGGCGCUUGAAAAACAGGAAAAGUAUGAGGAGGCUGCAAUUAUUGUUAAUAAUUUUGGAUUGGUGCUUGAAAAACAGGGAAAGUUUGAGGAGGCCGCAAUUAUGCACAAACGAGCUCUAUCAGGCAGAGAAAAGGUGCUAGGUGCUAAACACCCUAACACAAUUGCCAGUGUUAACAACUUGAUCCGGGUAUUGGCAAAACAAGGGAAGGUUGAGGCUGCAACAUUCACCCAUCACAGGAAGCAUGGAGAGGCUCUGCACUGA